CAAUUCUUAACGACGUACUAGAGGACCUCAAGUGGUGCCAGGCAAGCGUACACGAUCCAGAAAGAGAGCUUACUCGAGGGUAGGCAUCGUUAAAUCAGCUGCUGGGGAGCCUGUAACGUGUGCUUCAGCCUCGAUCACAUUCAUUCACCAUGUCAACGGAAAAGAGGCCCUUUGCAUAUGAUGCCGCGGACAGGGCGGCGACGAGGAAGAAAUCAAGGGCUUCAGCUCCGCGACCCCCCAAUGCCUUAUCAGCCUUCAACGCGGCCGAAUCGCCCUUCUUGAGGCUGCCGGCAGAACUGAGAAACAGCAUCUAUGAGCUGGUAUUUACAGUGAAUCCGAUCCACGUCGAACAUGAGCGCAAAGACGACCCAGAUGUCCGUCGGUCGUACAGGGAUCCAGUUUUAGCUCAGGUUACUGACGUGCCCAAAUACUUCCGCUUCUAUCUUUGUCAGGCCGACAUCUCUGAAGCCGAAGCAUAUCGUCGAUCUAUAGAUACUACUCUGGAUGAACGAAUCGCCCUGGACGACGAAGAAGCCACCCAAGACCUCCACCCAAACCACUGGCGCAUGGGCGACCGCUUCCACAUCGACUCCUGCAAAGAACGACACAAAGCCUGCAUCCCCCCUCCCCUCCCUCCAGCCUGGCUCUCCGCCCAAACCCAGCUCACCGAACCCCCCAACAAACCCAUCUCCCUCAAACACACCCUCACCCUCUCCCUCCUCCGCGUCUGCGCCCAAAUCCACACCGAAGCCCACGCCCUCCCCUACACCCUCUCCCACUUCUCCUUCCGCCACGCCGCCGCCUUCCGCGCCUUCCUCUCCGCCCUCCCGCCCCGCCACGGGCCCCACCUAAGAGAAUUCACCCUCUGCAUGACCGCCGGCGAGAACCCCACCGACGCCGCCCGCUGCGCCCGCUGGAACACGCACCUCUUCGAGUCCGGCGCGCGCGUCGCGCGCCUCCGCGGCCUGCGCACCCUGCACCUCUCCCUCACCAUCGCCCACCACGAGAUGGGCGCCGACGGGCCGCUGCGCGCCGACCUCGCCGCCCCCGCGCAGCUGGACAUGUGGGUCGUCGGGCUGGGGCGGCUGCGAGAGCUGGCGCUGCAGGAGGUGACGGUCGUGGUGACGGAUGAUCCGGGGAGCAGGUUUGGCAUCGAUGGCGCGCAGACGGUGAGGAAGUAUAUGCUCGGGCAUUUCCAUGGGUCGUGGGGGGCGAUGCGCGAGAGGGAGUGUUUUACGGCGGGGGAGAAGCGGUGGUGGGCGGAGAGGAUGAGGGGGAGGUUGUUAUGGGGGAGGAAGGGGGAUGAGGGUUAUUAUACGAGUGCUGGACAUCACCGUACCUCUCCUCAAUAUAAUUCUUCAUCCAAUUCCAGAUUGUCUCGAUAG